AUGCCGCUGCGUUUGGAUAUUAAAAAGAAGAUGAACGCUCGGUCGGACCGAGUGAAGUCGGUCGACUUCCAUCCUAGUCCGGACCUUCCCUGGGUACUCAGCGCUAUGUAUUCUGGUAACCUCUAUAUAUGGGACUACAAGACUCAGGCUUUGGUCAAACAGGUUGAGGUUUCAGCGCCUUUGCCGGUCCGAUGCGCCAAGUUUAUCCCUAGGAAACAAUGGAUAAUCGCGGGAUCUGAUGAUAUGAACCUUCGUGUUUACAAUCAAAACACAUUGGAGAAAAUCAAGACCAUCGAAGCUCAUGGGGACUACAUUCGAUACAUAGCGGUGCACUCUACUCUGCCUUAUGUCAUUUCCUGUUCUGAUGAUAUGACCAUCAAACUUUGGGACUGGGAUAAGGACUGGGCGUGUACUGCCACUUACGAGGGACAUGCUCACUAUGUUAUGAUGGUACAGUGGAAUCCUAAGGAUAUGAAUAUCUUCGCCUCGGCUAGUUUGGAUCGGUCUAUCAAGGUGUGGGGAGUGACUAGUGGAUCUACUGCACCCCACUUCUCGUUGACUGGCCAUACGAGAGGAGUCAAUUGUAUUGAAUACAGUCCUUCCAAGGAUAAGCCGUAA